GCCAGGCCGGAGCCCCGCAGUGUGGAGAGAGGGGGACAACGAACGGAUUUUGAGUCCAAGGGGGUGAGCGACAGGCCGAGUCAGGGAAGACUCGUACCCCCUUCAUCCUCUCCCCACUGCGGACACAGUCAAUUAGGCAAACAGAUAGAUAGAGCAGUCAACAGGGAGCAGACCCCAGCUCCGGGGGCUUGAGUCCAUCAAACCACCCCUCCAUCCCCACCACCCCCCGGCUUCUCUCCAAGGCCCGGAGGUGGAGGGGGGUGGGCCUGGGGAACGGGAUGGAAGCAGCAGCGGCGGCGGGUGAAGGUGAUGGAAACCCGACCGAAGCUGCCCUUGGGCGACGGGACAAUGAAGCGGUCGAUCGGGCCGAGGAUGAGGCGUCGGGUCGAAGGCGAAGCAAGAGGCCGAGGCCUAUAGGCGAGGAGCGGAGUGACGCUGGAGGAGAUGGAGCCGGAGCUGAAGCGGCAGUGGCGGCACCAUCACCCCCGCGGGAUGAAGGCCUGGCAUUCGACGACAACGACGACCGAUCUCCUCCUUCUCCGCCACAGUCGGGAGCUCCCCAAGAUGGGGGCCAAGGCUCUCUGGGGAGGGCCGAGGCCGGCGGACGGCCUCCAUCCCGAAGAGUCGAGGGGACAGGGCCCAGGACGCGGUCGGCUAGCGGGAGGCUCUUGCCCAAGGCGAACGGGGUAGCGGCCAGGCCGCAAGACGGUAGUGGGACCGAGUCCGCACCCGUUCCCCCCGAGCUCGGGAACCGUCAGCACCGGGAUGGAGACGGAGGCGGGAGCGAGCAGCAGGAAGAAGAGGAGGAGGAGGAGGACGACGAUGAGCCCGACGACCCGACCUACGAGGUGCAGCAGGGCCGCCGCAUCCUCAGCGAGUUCCUGCUCGACAAGCACCGCAACCUGACGGCGCCGUUCGUCCAGGCCGGUGGAGGAGUAGGAGGAGAGCCGACCGACCCUCUUCAGCCAUCUCCUGUGUGGCUGUACACCAUGGAGGAGAAGUUCCAGCGCAAUCAGUACGGCGGCAUUACCGAGUUCGUAGCAGACUUCAGGUUGAUGCUGGAGAGCUGCUACCGGCUCCACGGUGUGGACCACUGGCUCUCUAGGCAGGCUCAGAAGCUGGAGAUGAUGCUGGAGCAGAAGUUGACGCUGUUGUCAAGGCCACUAAGAGAGAAGACAACCAUUGCGGUAACAUCGAAAGGUCGUUAUGGUUUAGAAGAGGAGCGAGGAGCCCUGUGCACUUCUACUCGUCGACGUUCUAUCCCCCGCAGUUUAGGAGGCAUGUCAACAGGUGUUACAGAAUCCAUAAUGAUUCAGACUUUGCGACAAGAAGAACAGCAGCGAGCAAGGGAAGAAAAGAGAUUACGUGAACAGGAGAGGAAAGAGGCAGAAGAAGCUGUGCAAAAAGAGAUUGAAGAAUGGGAGAAGAGUCUGCGAGCCUUGGCUGAACCUACUCGCAUGGAGACACUUUGGGAGAUCCCUGCAAUCGGUCAUUUUCUGUGUUUGGCUCAGCAGAUCCUUAAUUUGCCUGAAAUUGUCUAUUUUGACCUGGAGCGAUGCCUUCUAAUGCCCCAGUGUAGUGGUUUUCUGGCUAAAAUAAUGACUUCUUUAUUAAGCCCUCACCAUCGCCGAGCAACUUUGCACCGGAAGCCACCAUUUCCUUACAAAAUUUGGGAAGCUACACUGAAACGAAGGGUUCUUCAUUGGUAUGUAGUGGUCAGUCAAGCAGAAAAUCGCAACUUGCAUGCUGAGAAAUUGGGACUUUGUCCACAGUUUUUCUGCGUUCUGGGGGAAAUUAGCCCUUUGGAAACCAAAGCUUUCCACCAGUUAACAUUUUAUAAACGAGUUUGGUUACUGAAAGGCUUAUGUGAUUAUGUCUAUGAAACCCAGAAAGAGGUUCAAGAUGCUGUUUUGGGGCAACCCAUCCAUGAAUGCAGAGAAGUAAUACUGGGAUAUGAUUCUCACGAGAAUGCCUAUGUCCAUUUCCCACAGUUCUGUGGUGCAGAUUUAAGGAUUUAUAAACAGUCUCCUCUUCCACCACCUGAAUUCCCUAUUCCACCUAUCAAAAUCUGUAGAAUCUCACAGCAGAAAUCAGAGGAGGCAAAAAGUGAACUUUCUUCUGAAAGCCAUGAGAAACCAAAAAGUAACAGAAAGGAAACCACUACCAAAACAACAACUGAUUCUAAAAAGUCCAAUGAAGGACAUGACUCUAGCGACCUGGAGGAUUUUUAUUUAAGGAUGGAAUCUGGAUCAGAAUUUCCUUCUCAAGAAGGUGAAGAAGAAAUAAAAUUAAACUGUGAAUGUAAAAAUCAUAGAACUUCGGUGAAAAAAGAAAAUAUUGGUUCUUGUAAAGAAAAUUUAGUGAAGCCUGCUAGCCCUGGAGAGGUUGUGGGGUAUGGGGAGCCUCUUAGUCCAGGAGAAAUUAGAAUAACUGAAAAUGGUGAAUUUUGUACAGACGACCCUGAGCUAAGAAAGGGUGUGAAACCAUUGACCGAGAAGGCAAUCAAAAGCUGCAAAACACUCAUUAAUGGAAGCCAUACUGAAAAUUUGGAUGUAAGCUGUCUGGUUGGUAAAAUAAGUAAUAUUUCUGCAAAACAUUUCUUGGAAAAAAUUGAGGAGCUUGAGAUAGUUAAGCUUCAUGUCAAGAAAAAGAAGAAGAAGAAAAAGAAACUGAAAGAUGCUGUGAAUAAGAUAUCACAGUUGAGGCCAGAUAUAGUUUGCCAAAAUCAAUUGAAGAUUCAGAAACCAGGAAUCCAGAAGAAAUCCCUAUUGCUAAAAAAGAAAACAAAACACAAAAAGCACAAAUCUGCAAAGAAACCAGAUUCUGAAAAGGCAGAUGAGAAGAAGAAGAAGUUGAUACCGCCACAAUUGCCUCCAGUGCCACAGUUUCAGCUCAUUUGCACUAGUCUUGAUGAACUCAGGGAACUCAUUGCCAAAAUGGAGGGAGAGCUAAAAGAACUGGAAAAUAAUAAGAAGAAAUCUGUAAAUGACAUUAUGCAGACUGACAUGGCAAUAUCUGUAGGUAAACUGAAGCCCAUAAGAAGAGAAAGUUCUAAUAAAGAAACACCGAAGCAAACUUCCAAGAAUCCUAAAAGGCAAAUGAAAUGCAGUGAUCUUGAUGAAUGUGGUAAAGAAUCCCCCCCAAGUAAAAAGACUAAAUUAAGCACAAAUGAAGCUGUUGCAGGCCAUAGCCUAUUAAAAAUGUCAUCUGGUUCUGAGCCCGGAAACCAAGAGAUUGAAUCAAAAUCUGCAACAGUGCAGCUUCCAGUUGAAUCAGUUACCACCUUGAACAAGCCAGAUGAACAUUCUGUGACGUUAGAUGCUUCAAAAGGUGAGAUAUCUGAUGUGUCAAGAUCAGCUGUUCAGAAAAGGACCAAACCUAUUCAAGCCUUACUUGCAAAACAUAAUGGGAACAAAGUGACCUUAACCAGUCAGACAUCCUCCUCUGUGAGAGAGAUGAGCAGUCCAGAAGAGAAAGUAACUGCAAUUACAUCACAUCCAAGCCCAACAAAGUCCUAUUUACCAACUAUUCCAUCUCCAAAAGGGCCACUGCAGAUGGUGUACAAAAUGCCUGAUGGAUCUUGUGUGCCAAUUGAUCUGAGUAGCAGCCAGAUUAAGAUUGCAGUCCAACCUGUCAUUGAUGCAAAGACUGGAGAGAGGAUCAUGCAGCAGGUACUUAUUGUACCCAAAAAUUUAUUAGCCCAACAACAAGAUGGAAAAUAUGUUGAAAAAGGAAGUCUGCCCAAGGCAUUAAAGGAACUGGAGAAAAGAGCUUCCGUCGGAUCUCAAACAGCUGAUUUAGGCCAUUCUCCUGCCGUGGAUCUUCAGUCUCUGUCAUCUGUUCAGGUGCAGUCACAGGUUUCUAAUUUAAGGCCCAGUAAGAGCACUGCAAGUUUAACAACAGUAAUAACUUCUGUCAGUCAGUCAACAAAAGUUGUACCUUCAUGUAACUUGGUAACAUCAUCAGUUAUUGCACCACAAGGAAGGGCAGAAGUGUCUGCCGUUACAGUACCUUCAGUUAUGACAUCAAAUGCUAAAGGUAGUCAGUUAACAGUUAGUGAGCCAGUAAUGCCAACAAAAACACACAAGGCAGGUAAUACUGGAACUGCUCAGAGUUUCAACUCGCAGCAGUCAAAGGAAUCAAGUGAAACAAAGCAGGAACUUAAAACUGUGUGUAUACGAGAUUCUCAAUCCAUUUUAGUCAUGACACGUGGCGGAAACACAGGUGUUGUUAAGGUACAAAGCAACUCUGAUCAAAACUCACCAAAUGCUAUUACUCCAAGGCCAAUAUUUACAUUUUUACCAGAAGUUCAGAACUUUGUGGUCUCAAAAACUCAACCAUUGUCACCAUUGACCUCUCUCCUUGUUCCGGCGCAGACUUCCCUAACAAAUAUCAAUCAACUUCCUGUUUCCAAUUCCAUUGCAUCAGUUUCAUUAGGUCUAAACCAGUUGGGUGCAGAACCAAUUAAGUUAGGGUCUUGCAAAACUAUGAAUAAUGCAGGAGUUGUACCUGUUGUACCUGUGCCUCUGCCAACAGUCUUGACAACUGUUUCAGAGAAUCCAACUGUGCACACCAGUAGCCACAAUGCUGUGCAUUUAGUUAGUGGACCUGUUGGUGGAUUAUCUAGUGAAAGUGCAGUCCAAAGUAAGGUAACAGUUACUCAAGCACCAUCGUUGCAAUUCUCACUUGAUACUGCAACUGGCAAGCAGUUAUUUCUAAAACCACCUGAAUGUAAUAAGUCAGGAGGUAGCACGUUCCUGACUGGAACUACAAUGCCGAAAUUUCUGUUGGUUCCAAAUCCUCCCGCUACACUUUGUGGCACAAGUCAAGUCAGCAUGGCACCCACAAAUGCUCAACCUCAAAAGUUAGUCUUCAUGAGUCCAUCUGUGUCUUCAAUGUCCUCAUCCUCCAACUUAGUAUUAACUAAACCGCCCCAACAACAAACUGCAACGCCUUUAAACACAACACAAAUACCAGUGAAAAACUCAGAUCCUUAUCAGGUGGUGCUAUUACCUUAUACUGGGGAAACACCAAUUAAAGGCAAUCCACUACCCAGCUCAUUUCAGGUGAAAGAAGUUAAAAAGGGAAACUUUAUAAGAAACAGCAUCCAGAAAAUCCCAGGAAUCGGUGUUUCGCCGACUGCAAAAGUAGGAGAAGGAUUAUCUAUGAAGAAUGCCGUCUUACCAACAAGUUGUGUUAGUACUUCAGCAAUUCCUUCAGUUGUGGUGAGAAAUCAGAGCUCUCCGCCUUUUAGGAAUUCUACGGGAGUCAAAAUGUGUGUUCAAAAUGUAUAUACAGUAGCAACAGCAGCUACAGGUACAGCUCUGCCAACGCCAACUUUUACAACAUUUGGUUCUCUUCCCACUGCUUUGCUUAAAGGAAAUGAUAAUAUCUCUGGAUCUAAUCAAGGGGUGUUAGCAACUAGACUUCCUGUUGCUAUUUCAACAGUGAAGGCAGAACACCUUGCAUCUUCAAUGCUUCUUGCAUCUCCACAGCCAAAGAUGUCACAUCAGUCACUGACUUCUUCUCUUCCCUUGCCAAUUACAGCUCCUUUACCAAACCCAGUCACAGUCAAUUCAAAGAUGGUACCAACAUGCACUCAACCAGUAUGUACAGCCUUUUCCCCACAAAUUGCACAUUUUUCAAAGGAUAGUUGUCAAACAGUAAUUCGUUUUCCAAAUCCAAACACAAUAGCAUCACCAACCAAUAAAAGUACUGUUCCAAGGUCUGCAGCUGUGCAAGCAGCUACUCGGCUGAGUGCAUCAACUGUUGGUAAUAUGUUCACUGCUUCUUUGGGUCUUAGCUUGCCGCAUCAAACAACAGUACAGAGUUUAACAAAACAUCCAAUGAGUCCUAAAACAGUUACUGCAUCUACUUCACUUAUGCAGUCUAUAGCAACUGUGCCAUCUUCUAUUAGCAAAGUUUCUGAACCAUUAAAUGAAUCUUGUAUACGGCAGAAAAUAGUUAUCAACACAAGUACACCUUUGGCACCAGGGACUCAAAUAGUCAUUAACAAUCAUCGAUUUGUAGUUCCACCUCAAGGCCUUGGAUCUGGUAGCCAUGUCCUGCUGAUUUCCAAUACACUGAAACCAAGUAAUUCUCGAGCAGUAAAUUUAAGCCCUGGAUCUCGUACAGGAACUGAUGUUACAUCUGCAUGUCAAAAGACAACGAUAGUGUCUGCUUUAUCCCAUCAUUGUCAAUCCUUUCCAUCUCCUUAUGUUGUUUCACCUGAGAAAUUGCUUCAAAAGCUGUGUGUUCAGAGUGCUGCACAAACAAUUACUGCUGUUUCUAGACCUGUCCAACCUACAACAGGAUCAACACCGAUACUUGGCCCUACUGCAAGACCUUCACUUCAGACUGCAGUAUGCAAAUUCCAAGUCCCUACAAGCCAGAGUGCCCCAGGUCUUCCAGUAGAUACUUCCUUCAAUAAGUUAUUAGUCAGCCCAGAAGGGGCAGUUUUAAAUGCUAUUAAUACUGUGGUUAAUCCUGCUACAAAAGUGGCAUCACAGCCCUCUUUAACUCGUGUUUUGGGAAGUUCAAGUGCAAGUCCUGCUGUAGUCUUUCCGUCAAUUAAGGCAUCGGAAGUACUCGAUUCUACUAGAACUGUUUCUGCAUCUUCCAGUCUAUAAACUACAAUUGUUAGAUAUCCAAAUAAUGGAGAUUAUGAGAACCAUCAGUACAAUUGGAAUCAUUCUCUAAUUAUAUUUUGGGUUUUGGAGAAGGCACAACUUGUUAACAGUAACUAAGAUGUCUUGAGAGGCACAAGUAUUUAUUUAGUCUGCAAAGAUGUUUUCCCUGUGUUUUAUCUGUGAAAUCUGUGUAUUUCAAUGUACAAAAACAUUGUUAAAAAUUGUAAGACAGCAAAUUUGAAUGACCUUGUAAAUUUUCCUGGUUUAUAAUUUUAACUGAAGCGUAGCAAUUUAGUGAUUGCUUACUGUGCACUCAAAAGCUUCUUGCACACUAGCAGUACAACCUGUUAUCAAUGCCCACAUCUUUGGUGUGCUGCAAUGUUCCACUUUUAAGUGUGAUUUUUUUUUUUAAGAAGUGCAGUCAAAAGAAAAAAUCUAUGACUUGUUUAUAUGCUAUUGCUUCCUUUUUAAGUAUUUAAUAUAGAAACUUCAGUCUGUUGUACAGUUGUAAAUACUUUUGAACUCAAGUUGUACUAAAGUGAAUGUAUAAAAGAAUUUUGCUAAUUUAUUUGUUUCUUGUUUAUAUAAUGUAUAGGUUUUUAAGCUGUUUAGUAGCUUUUAUGGACCAGUGUUUAGAAAAAUGCAGUCAAAUCUGCAUGAUUAAA